AUGGCCGAAGAAGCCGACCACGAGUAUGUUUUCAACGACAUUCUCCCAUUAUCCUUUCGAAUAGUGCUCUUCUUGCAGUUAGGCAUAUUUCUUUGGGAUCGCAUGGUGUGGAUUUGCUACAAAGUCUAUUCCAUGAACGUAUUGGCACUUCUCAACUUGGCCUAUUCUCCACACAAGUACACUUCCGACAACCACAACGUGGACUCUGCUUUAGCCGAGUACUCCACCACUUCCUCGGCUGAUUUGGGAGAAAACCAGAUCUUGCUUCGUGGAACUAACGGCACCUUCAAGUCAACCUUGCCUGUUAAUAUCGCUGGUAUCGUCGUUUAUUGGACGUUGCUAGCCUCAAGUAACCCGACAGGGUUUCUUAUUCAUGUUACGAAACAUUACUUACCUCUACCGCUUUUGGCCUAUACGUUAUAUAAGACAUUUGGACCCGGACCCACCAUGGGCCAGACAAGAAUGUUUACUACGUUGAAGAGAGUGUUGAAAGGCAAUAUCAAUUCCUCGACUAUGAGAACAAAUGAUAUCUUGAUUUCUGAUAGCUUGACUUCCUAUGCGAAAGUGAUAAAUGACUUUGGGGCGUAUGUGUGGAUCACGCUUCUACCUACAAGUCAGGGUUACAAUGUGUACGUUGAAGCAUUGGUUUUGUCGCUUCCAGGCCUCAUUAGAGUGAAGCAAUGUUGGUUCGAGUUCAAAUUGACAGGUCAAAAGCUGCACUUCUACAAUAUGAUGAAAUACUGCUGUCUGUUGGGACCUAUCUUAGUAAAUUUAUUGAUCAAGAUCCAGAUGAGCCAGCUCACCGAUGACACUGCUGCAUCCUCUAAUUUGAACACGCUCAACAUGUGGUGGUACAUCAUUUCGUUUGUCAGCUCCACCUAUUCGUUCAUCUGGGAUAUCCGCAUGGAUUGGGGAUUUGGCAUGCUCGAGCCACUCUUUACUCAGCAAUACCGAAACUACCUGCCAUUGCGCCAACGCAGCUCGUUGGUGUACAACAACUUAUUGGCAUAUUACAGCGUUAUUUUCAUUGAUUUUGUUCUCAGAUUCAUCUGGGUGUUCAAGAUCUACGUCAUCAAGAGUACCGAAGUAGAGUUGGGGCUUCGGUCGCGAGUUGGCCGUUUCUUGUUUGGCUACGACUUCUACUCGUUUGGGUUUGUGGUAUUGGAGGUGCUUGAGAUCCUCCGCAGAUGGCUAUGGUGUUUCCUCAAGCUCGAGAGCGACUUGGUCAAGCUUCAGGAGAGAGACGGACUCGUCCAUGCCAUCCCAUUGGCUAAUGUAAAGACGUAG